CGUUAAUUUCCGGCUGUAGUCGGAAACUUGGCGGGAAAUGCGGAUGAAUUGUUCAGAAGUUUGAUUUUCCGUGAAUGUCAUUGCAUUUUCUCUAAUUUCUAAUCAAGGUCGGCAGCUCCAGUUAUUACCAGAAGUUAUGUUACGUCGGAGAUACGGGGAGAUUUCGGGUUUAUUAUCAACAUUACUUGAAAAAUGUGCCGAACCACUGAAAAAAGAUGAACUGCAGGAUGUACUAAGGGAAUCAUUAACUGUGAUGCAAGAAAUAAGUUCUGCUGUGAGUGAACUAGAAGGAAAAGAUGUGCAAUUGAAUGCUCCCACUUGUCAGCAUUUUGAAGCUGAUACCUUGAAAGAUAAUACUGAACAAGAUGGUGGAGUUUCAACUAUGGAUACUGGUCAUCAAGGUGGAGAUGGUGACAAAGCACCACAGGAUCAAGUUGCCAAAAUUGUUUUAAAAGAGAAGUCACCCUCUAAGAAACCUAUUCAAAUUAGUCAGAAAAAGCAUGUUGUUGAUGGAAAAAUAAAUACAUACUUGAAACCAGGUUCUUCAACCAAAAGUGGUACAAGUCCAGGAACAAAGGCUUCAGUGAAAAAAAGUCCAAGGAGUACCAAAAAGAGGACUGUCACCACUGAUGUGAGGGAGCCAGAAGGGAAAGUUGCAGUAUUGAAUGCUACCACUUGUCAUAGUACUGAACAAGAUGGUGGAGUUUCAAUUAUGGAUAAUAGCCAUCAAGCUGAAGAUGGUGACAAAGCACCACUGGAUCAAGUUGCCAAGAUUGUCUCAAAGAACAAGCUUCUCUCUAAACAUAUUAAAAUUAAUCUGAAAAAACCUGUUGAUGAAGGAAAAAUAAAUGGGAAUUUGAAACCAAGUUCUCCAAUUAAAAGUGGUUUGAGUCCAGGAAGGGGGGAUGCAAUAAUGAAAAGUCCAAGGAUGAGUCAUACCAAAAAGAAGACCAAUGCCACAUGCCGCAGUAUUGAAGCUGAUGCUUUGAAAGGGAAUACUGAACAUGAUGGUGAAAUUUCAACUAUGGCUGAUAGUUGUCAAGCCGGAAAUAGAGACAAAUCAUCGCAGAAUCCUGUUAACUUGGCUUCAAUAGAAAGGUCUACUUCAAUAGACAUUGAUACUAGGAUGAAAAUGCUUGUUGAAGAAGGUAAAAUUAAUGUGAAUUUGCAGCCAGGUUCUCCAACCAAGGGUGACACAAAGGCUGCAGGAAUAAAUAGUGACACAAGUCCAGAAAAGAAGGCUGUAGGAGAAAAGGGUGGUACCAGUCCAGAAAAAAAGACUGCAGGGAAAAGAAAGACAAGUCUUGCAAAAAGAAGUGUCAACACAGGAAAACCUCUGAAGAUCAAAUUUAAAAAGCCAUCACACAAGAGUCUUCCAGUUAACAAUAUGGAGAACAGUUCAGCAAUGAAAAACGAAGAUUGUGAUGCAGUUGCUACUUCUUCUUCAGUGAAGGGAAUUGUUGAGUCAAGCAUUUUGGAGAAAAAAAGUACAUCACUUGUGCCAUCAAAUGAGGAUAAUAUUUCUGAUACUAAACAUGCAGAUGUAUUGCAGUCCCCGGAACAAAUCAAAAGAAAACUAGACUUUGAUGAGAAUGAUGCUAAUGACAUACCAUUCAAACUGCACAAGAUUGAUGAUAUAGAUAGACUGGAUAGGAUUGAAGUUGUUCAAUUUUCAAAAAACAAACCAUGUAUUGAAUGCGUUGAUGUGAGAUUUAUUAAUGAGGCAUAUGAGAACAUCAAAAGAUUUGUUAAUGGAAAGUCGGACAUGAACAUGAUUAUACCAACUAUUUCUCAGCUGGAACAGCACAUUAUAGAUUUGGUACGGAGCAACAUAUGCCAAAAUACAAUUGCUGAUUUGGAAGCAGAUGAACAAAAUGAUGGACCGGAGAAACCAGUAGAAACUGUACAGAGUGUUGAUACAUCAUGUAAAAUGUUAUCUGAAUUGUAA